GAGCUUCCCGAAUUUACAGUUUUUAAGCAUAGCUUAUUGCAGAAAAUUCACAGACAAAGGGUUACAUUACCUCGGCAAUGGAAGAGGAUGUCACAAGCUCAUCUACUUGGAUAUUUCAGGCUGCCUCCAGAUUACAGUGGAAGGCUUCAGGAAUAUUGGUAAUAGUUGCAGUGGUAUCCAGUACCUGACAGUUAAUGAAAUGCCCACUCUUACUGACAGAUGUAUUCAGGCGUUGGUUCAAAAGUGCAAAAAAAUUGUGUCUAUUGAAUUCAACGAAUCCCUACAUGUUUCUGACACAGGUCUCAGUGCACUCGAUGCGUGUGAACUUGUUAAAAUGAAGAUAAAAGGGAGUAAUCGGGUGACUGAUCUAAGUUUCAAAGUCAUGAGCAAAUUCUGGCCUGGAAUGAAACAUAUUUAUGUAGCUGAUUGCCAGAAAAUAACAGAUGUAGCUCUCAAGCUCAUCAGACCGCUGGACCAUAUUGUUAUACUCAAUUUGUCAGGCUGCAUAAGAAUCAGUGAUUCAGGAAUAAAAUCAUUUGUCGACGGUCCUUCAGGCCCAAGAUUAAAAGAACUCAUUUUGGCUAAUUGCUGCUAUAUCUCUGACAGUGCCCUCCUAAAAGUAGCUGAAAGGUGCCUACAUCUAAUUUAUUUGAAUUUGUUUAAUUGCCAAGCUGUGAAUGAUGCCGGGAUUCAGUCUUUGACAAUGAUACCUUCAUUAGCCUAUAUCAAUAUUUCACGGAUAGGUAUCACAGAUCAGGCUUUGGAGAGCCUUGGCAAGUACUGGAAAAUUAAGGAGAUUAUUCUGUCAGAAUGUAAGAUGAUUUCCGAUGCAGGAAUGAAGGCAUUGUGUGUUGAUUUGAAAAAACUAGACUACAUUGAUUUCUCUUAUUGCCGGCACUUAUCAAAUAUUACAUUAAAAUAUUUGUCAUUCAAUUGUCGCAGACUCACAUCUCUCAUUGUGGCUGGUUGUCCCAAGAUCAAUGAUACAGGAAUUCAGUUUAUAGCUGCAGGCUGCAGUUUCCUUCAUUAUUUGGAUAUUUCAGGUUGCAAAAAUAUUACUGAUAAGGCACUAAAAUACCUGGGGAAAGGUUGUCUACAACUCCGAAUACUUAAGAUGUUGUACUGCACAAAUAUUACCCGAUCAGCAGUUUUAAGUUAUGCACCAAAGCUCCAGAAAUAUGAAUAUAAUGAUGACGACCCUCCUCUAUGGUUUCAUUAUGCCAGUGGUGAAGAAAUAGUCAUUCCAAAGAAACAGAAAAAAGGCCGGCAUAGUAGCCUGGGGCAGCGACUCAGCCUGUCGGGGUCUCCAGGAGAAAAAGGGUCAGAACAAAGCAAGUUUCCUUUGAUUGAAACCAUAACAGAACAAGCUGUGGAAGAAAGUGUGAUCUCCCCAGGAAGUCUUGCAGAAGAGCCCCCAAAGGUGUCAGCUGUUUAAAAUGCCUAAAAGCCGACAAUCCUUUUUGUUAGUGAAAAAAUGCACUUUUUAAAAAGGAAACGCUUUUAAUUUGAUAGUAACAAUGUCCCUGUCAAACAAUGUUACCUUUUUUCUUAAAAACUG